GUAGCAGUAGACACACCUGUAGAAAGAAAACCAGGGAAGAAGAUCCUACGGAAACCCACACAGGCAACAACAACCACAACAACCACAACAACCACAACUGCUCCACCCACCACAACAACACGACCAACCACCACAACUACCACUACAACCCGGCCCACCACCACCACAACCAGAGCGACAACAACAACCACCAAAGCCACCACUACCAGAAGAACCACCACGACAAAGAGACCAACCACCACCACCACCACCCAGAGGCCAACCAGAGCUCCCACCACAGCCCCGUGGCUCCCAGCCCCCAGAACCACGGCUGACCCUUACUACGACCCCCGCCGAGAGAAAACCACUCCGGCCGGAGAUAACCGCACCGACAAGGACAACAGAGAUCCACAUGGCCGCAGGCUCGUACCUGCUACAGACAAACCCUCCAAGAUCAGACCCACCAAGAAGAAGACUGGAGCAGAGAAGGUGUUGACCAAUGAGUACGAGGACCGGUAUGUUCCCGUCAACCCCACCGUGGUCGAUCUCGAGGAGACCGAAUCCUUCACCAACAUCAGCCCAACGAAGAAGGUCAAGGGCAAACACAAUAAGCACGACAAGAAGAAGAAGAAGACCGACAAGGCGUUGAAGAAAGCCGAGAGGAGAGGAAAGGCAUCGAAGGAGGGGAAGAUCGGGGGAAAGAAAAAUGGGAAGAAGCAAGUGAAAUACCCCGAGACAGACGACUACCCAAAACCAACGAAGAAGCCGUCGCCACCUCCGAAAGGAUCCCUGGCCUACUUCCUGGACUACUUUGAGAACAGGAGGCGGCUGCUGCUGGUCACGUCCCCCAGCGAGGAGAACAGGAUGUAUGUUCAGCAGAGGGACGAGUACCUGGAGUCGGUGUGUGAAAUGGCGAUCAGGAAAGUCUCCAUCAUCACCAUCUUCGGCUCCCUCACCAACUCCACCAUGAAAAUCGACCACUACCAGCUGGAGAACGACAAAUCGAUGAAGGGUCUUCGUCAGGAGGACCUGGUGAACCAGGAUCUGAUCACAGAGCUGAGGAAAGAGUUCAGCAUGAUGCACGAUGACUUCUACAUGGUCCUGACCGACACAGACAUGAGGGUCAAGCAAUCCUACGAGGUCCCCAUCGCCAUGAAGGCCGUGUUCGACUACAUCGACACCUUCUCCUCCCGCAUCCGAGAGAUGGAGCAGCAGAAGAGGGAUGGAGUCGUGUGCAAGAAAGAGGAUAAGCCCAGGUCGCUGGAGAACUUCCUCUCCAGGUUCCGUUGGAGGCGUCGCCUGUUCAUCAUCUCCGCCCCCAGCGACGAGGAGUGGGCCUAUCAACAGCAGCUCUACGCCCUGACCAGCCAGGCCUGUAACCUGGGCCUGAGGCACAUCUCCAUCCUGAAGUUGGCUGGCACGGAGCUGGCGGACAUGGGCGGAGUCCUGGAACUUUAUCCAAUCAACGGCAGUGCCACGGUGGAGCGUGAGGGGCUGUCGGGGAGCCUGGUGAAGGACAUGAGGAACUACUUCCAGAUCAGCCCAGAGUACUUCUCCAUGCUGCUGGUGGGGAAGGACGGUAACGUCAAGUCCUGGUACCCUUCACCCAUGUGGUCCAUGGCCAUCAUCUACGACCUGGUGGACUCUAUGCAGCUGCGCAGACAGGAAAUGGCCAUCCAGCAGUCGCUGGGCAUGCGCUGCCCCGAGGACGAGUACGGUGGCUACGGUUACCACCAACACGGAUACGAACACGGUUACCAGGACGGCUAUCACCAGGGCUACGGUUACUAACCGGUGCGUGGGUGUGUUCUAACCCGGGAUGCACAAGUUAAGCUGGUGCUUCUCUCUUCUUUCCUCCACCAGACGGAGUCGUCCUGAAUGUUUCCUAGCACUUAGUGGAAGCUGCUGCUUUCACCUCUCCACUUCUUUCAUGUAUCACACAGUCGGUUCAUUCUGACGACUUUACGGGGCUUUCAUCCCAGCGGGGCUUUCAUCCCAGCGGGGCUUUCAUCCCAGCGGGGUUUUCAGUUAAAGGGCAGAUGAGGCUGGAGGUUCAGGGAUCUGUUGAAUACUUCAGUGUUUCACACGUUGUUGCUUUAAGUUUCCUUAACUUCAGGUCAGAUUUACAUCGUGGUGUUUCCAGCACAG